CACUCUCUCUCUCUCUCUCUCUCUCUCUCACUCUUUUUGUUUGAUUUCUCGUCGUCCACACAUAUAUAACCACGACGAUCUCGCUGCUCUCCUUCCGCCAUUGCUGGACUCCUAAAGCUUCGAUCUUGUAGCCAAACUGUCCAUUCUGUAGCAGAGACAAGCUGGGAACUCGUCUUCUUCCCGGCUCUUUGAUGGCGUUUGGCUAGGUUGGGGGUUAGUGUUUGGAGAUUGGCAACGGAGGAGGGUGAAAGAGAGAGAACGAGGUGCUAGCGCUCUUGCUUGGCUUCUUUCUCUUUCUUUCUACCCUACGCUCAAAUUUUGGAGAGGGCAGUUGCCUUUCUUCACAUCUCUCGUCUUCUGCCCCUAAUUUGCUUGAGCAGUGUGUUUUUUUUUAAAAAAAAAAAAAAUUAAAUUUCGUUAGAUUUGUCGAUUUCAUCCACUUGGUGAAUCGAGGAGUGUUUGGAUUUGAGGAAGAAAAGAUAGAUCUUUGAUGAGUUUCGGGGGUUUGUUCGACGGCGGCACCUGUGGCGGAGGCGGUGCUCAUCUCGUCGCAGACAUGGCGUAUGGAAGCUCCGCCAGGGCCAUCUCCCACCCGUCCAUUCUCUCGCCUUCGCUCCGUAGUCACUCCAUGUUCAACUCCCCUGGCCUCUCACUCGCCCUGCAAGCCAAUCUUACCGCUCAAGGAGAUCAGAACUCGGACCCUGUCGCCGGAGGCGGCGGCGCCGACGUGUCGGAUUCGGCUCGCAGGAGGAAGGAAGAUGAGAACGACAGCAAGUCAGGCAGCGACAACUUGGAAGGAGAAUCUGGCGACGAUUUGGAGCAAGAGAAUCCUCGCAAGAAGAAACGGUACCACCGUCACACCCCUAAGCAAAUCCAAGAACUGGAAGCCCUCUUCAAGGAAUGCCCUCACCCUGACGAGAAGCAAAGGAUGGAGCUCAGCAAGAGGCUGUGCUUGGAAACUCGUCAGGUCAAGUUCUGGUUCCAGAACCGGCGAACACAGAUGAAGACACAAAUCGAACGGCACGAGAAUUCAAUCCUUAGGCAGGAGAACGACAAGCUUCGAGCGGAUAACUUGUCGAUCAGGGAGGCGAUGACGAACCCGAUGUGCUGCAACUGCGGUGGUCGGGCAGUGCUCGGCGAGAUCUCCCUCGAGGAGCAACAUCUGCGGGUCGAGAACGCUCGCCUAAAGGACGAGUUCGAUCGGGUCUGUGCCCUAGUCGGGAAGUUCCUCUGCAAGCCUAUCUCGACCCUCUCUAACUCACCGCCGCCGCCUCUCUCGUUCGUUCUAAACCCGUCGCUAGAACUCGCAAACGGUUUUGCCUCCGUGUUGCCGCCUCUGAGUACCGUCAUGACGCUGACAAGAGCUGUCGCCGGUGGCGGCGCAGCUUUCACCGGCGCGGAGAAAUCGCAGGAGAGGUGCGUGUUCCUGGAGCUCGCACUUGCGGCCGCUGAGGAACUGGUAAAGAUGGCACAGAUGGAGGAGCCGCUGUGGGUGUCUUGCUCUGACACCGGGCGGGAGUCGCUAAACUACGACGUGUACGAUCAAUGCUUCAAGCGUUGCCUCGGGCCGCGGCCGUCUGGUUUCGUCUCGGAGGCCUCGAGGGAAACCGGAGAGGUCGUCAUCAACAGCUCCGCCCUUAUCGAGACACUCAUGGACGCCGCUCGAUGGGCAGAUAUGUUCCCUUCCGUGAUCGCAAGAACGGCCACCUCCGACGUGAUCUCCGUGGGAGUGGGCGGGACUAAAAAUGGUGUUCUCCAGCUUGUGAGUACAAAUUUUCAUUUGCAGCUUCAUCAACAUAUCGAGUCUGAUGCUUGUUUUUUUUUCGUUCUUCUUCAGAUGCAUGCAGAGCUGCAAGUGCUGUCUCCUUUGGUUCCGGUCCGCGAGGUCCGUUUCCUUCGCUUCUGCAAGCAGCUCGCCGAUGGCGCUUGGGCCAUCGUCGACGUCUCGCUCGACGCGACCAAAGGCGACCCAUUAAAGUGCCGAAGGCUCCCCUCUGGCUGCGUGGUGCAAGACAAGUUCAAUGGCUAUUCAAAGGUCACGUGGGUGGAGCAUGCCGAGUACGACGAGGCCACAGUCCACCCGCUGUACCGCCCGCUGCUUCGCUCCGGCCUCGCCCUCGGUGCUCGCCGCUGGGUCGCCACCCUCCAACGCCAGUGCCAGUCCCUCGCCGUCCUCAUGUCCUCCUCCCUUCCGGAUGAUGACGGCGACAAAACAGCGAUCGCGCCGGCGGGGAGGCGGAGCUUGCUGAAGCUGGCGCAGCGGAUGACGGACAACUUCUGCUCGGGCGUUUGCGCGUCGUCGGCGCGGGAGUGGAGCAAGCUGGGCGGCGGCGUGAACAUCGGAGAAGACGUGAGGGUGAUGACGAGACAGAGCGUGGCGGACCCCGGGGAGCCGCCGGGGGUGGUUCUGAGCGCUGCUACCGCUGUGUGGCUACCGGUCUCGCCGCAGCGGCUGUUCGACUUCCUCCACGACGAGCAGCAGCGGAGCCAGUGGGACAUCCUCUCCAACGGCUGCCCCAUGCAGGAGAUGGCCCACAUUGCCAAGGGCCAGAACGCCGGCAACGCCGUCUCACUUCUCCGUUCCAGCGGAGCGAGCUCAAACCAGAGCAGCAUGCUCAUCCUGCAGGAGACCUGCACGGACGCAUCCGCUUCGUUGGUGGUUUAUGCGCCGGUGGAUAUUCCGGCGAUGCACCUAGUAAUGAACGGUGGCGACUCAGCCUACGUCGCCCUCCUCCCUUCCGGCUUCGCCAUCCUCCCUGACGGCGGCAGCGGCGGUCUGAAGCCACCCGGUGGCUCCCUGCUGACGGUGGCGUUCCAGAUCCUGGUGAACAGCCAGCCGACGGCCAAGCUGACGGUGGAGUCCGUGGAAACGGUGAACAACCUCAUUUCCUGCACCGUCCAGAAGAUCAAGGCAGCACUCGACUACUAGGGUCAAUGCAUACAGCAGGCAAAUAGCAUGGCCAUGGAGUACUCGAGUCAAGAACGAACCGCGAACCAAACAAAGAAGCCAUUGCUGAGUGGUAAGGGAGCAUGGUAGUCAACGUAACGCACGGAGUCCAUAUUCCUUAGCACGGAGCAAUGGUGGUGGUUCGGGCAUUGACUCUGUCUCUUGACGCCCUUACAGCGUUCCUCUGAAUCCCCGAUCCCAAGUUGGUUGGUGUGUGCAUGUUCUUCAUCGCUUCUGCUUUCUGACUUUCUCUGUGUUUUCAUGUAUUUGGUUUCAGUUUGCUUGGCUUUCAUUGUGCACAUUCGUCUAGUUGGUUUAAGCUUCCUAGAUUUACUAUAAUAAAAAUGUUUUGGAUUCA